AUGCCUUUCGAAAGUACUACUGUUGAACAACCUAGACGUUCAAAUACAUAUCGUUUACAUGAAUUUGAUCCAACAUCUUACGAUUGGGAUGAUUUGGAAGUUCUUUUCGACACGUAUAUUGCUGUCGAAGGUGUUACGGAUGAUAACAAGAAACGAAACUUGCUUAUUACAGCUCUUUGUGUUCAACCCUUCAAAACACUUAUUUCUGUUUGUAAACCUAAGAAACCUACUGAAUGUUCUAAUUCGGAAAUAAUCCAAAAACUUCGUACAAAUUAUGCACGUGUUACAUUUGCGUCAACUGAACGAAUUAAAUUCUUUGCAACAUGUCAAGAAUCUUCACAAUCUCUUACUGAUUUUGCAAAUUCUCUUCGACAUAAAUCCGUAACAUGUAAUUUUCCGAACAAUUUUUAUGAAGAUUCUUUAAUUACAGCAUUCUUUGGUGGUUUAAAAAAUGAACAGGCUCGAAAACAUUUGAUGCAGCAAAAUUUGGAAACAUUUGAACAAACGCUUAAUACAGUAUGA